UGAAAAUACAUGUUAGAUUACUCACCUAGGACCAAGGCUGCAAUUUCGCAGGCCAUCCCAGCCCAAAAAUUCAUCUUCCCAUGAACUAUGUUUCCGUGGGCUGUCCUAUAAUGUAUCUUAUUUGGGCUACUUUGUCCAAUUACCGACCCAUCUGGCAUCAGUUGGCCCAAUAUUUAGUGGGCCCGGUCCUCUUCCUCUUUCUAGCCUCCACCUUAUCUGAUCAUAUCAUAUCAAUGGAGUAACACCACAGAAUUGUGUGUGCAUGUGUAAAUGGCGUCUCUGGCUCUGGAAUUUGGUGGGCUAAAAUGCUCCCCACUCUCAAUCUCUCAGCUCACCACAAAAUUAAACGGCAGGCAGAGCACUCAGAAGCCUCAUUCGUUGAGAAUAGUCUCCGCAGUGCCCUUAACCAAUGCACAGACCAAAGAGAGACUCAAGCUCAAAGAGUUAUUCGAAGAUGCCUAUGAGCGUUGCCGUACUGCCCCUAUGGAAGGUCUUUCAUUCACUACGGAAGAUUUCCAUUCUGCGCUCGACAAGUACGACUUCAAUUCCGAAAUUGGCACUAAGGUCAAGGGAAGUGUAUUCAGUGUAGAUUCUAAUGGGGCAUUAGUUGACAUCACUGCAAAAUCUUCAGCAUACUUACCUGUCAGAGAAGCAUCCAUUCACAAUAUAAAGCAUGUGGCAGAGGCAGGCAUAGUUUCUGGUUUACGUGAGGAGUUUGUAAUUAUUGGUGAGAAUGAAGCUGAUGAUAGUUUGAUCUUGAGUUUACGUUCAAUCCAGUAUGAUCUUGCAUGGGAAAGAUGUAGACAACUUCAAGCUGAGGAUGUUGUUACCAAGGGUAAGGUUGUUGGUGCAAACAAAGGUGGAGUAGUUGCAGUGGUGGAGGGUCUUCGUGGGUUUGUUCCUUUCUCGCAGAUAUCAACGAAAUCAAGUGCUGAAGAGCUUCUUGAAAAAGAGCUUCCUCUUAAGUUUGUGGAGGUAGAUGAGGAACAGUCUAGGCUUGUCCUCAGUAACCGCAAAGCCAUGGCUGACAGUCAGGCACAACUCGGAAUUGGGUCAGUCGUUGUGGGAACUGUUCAGAGCCUUAAGCCAUAUGGUGCGUUCAUCGACAUUGGUGGGAUUAAUGGCCUUCUGCAUGUCAGCCAGAUCAGUCAUGAUCGCGUCUCAGAUAUUGCGACCGUCCUUCAGCCUGGUGACACUUUGAAGGUGAUGAUAUUGAGCCAUGACCGUGCGAGAGGCCGAGUAAGCCUCUCCACAAAGAAGUUAGAGCCUACUCCUGGGGAUAUGAUUCGCAAUCCUAAGCUUGUGUUUGAGAAGGCAGAGGAGAUGGCCCAGACAUUCAGGCAGAGAAUUGCUCAAGCAGAAGCCAUGGCUCGUGCUGACAUGCUAAGAUUCCAGCCUGAGAGUGGUUUGACACUGAACUCUGAUGGAAUAUUAGGCCCGCUUACAUCAGAUUUGCCUGCAGAGGGUCUAGACUUGAGUGAUAUUCCUCCAGCUGAAGAUUAAUAACGAAGUUACACAAUCUUUUUGCCCCCUUUUGUUUUCAAUCACUUCACUGUUCUUUUGAAGGAUGGAAGAUUAUAUAAGUGCUUGAGCUACAUAUAUGACACCUUCAAUGUUGUAAUGAUUUAUGUCUUAACAUGAUGUUCUGUACUUUAGUCCUUGAACUGCUUGCCUUUCUAGAGUUGCCGUGAAAUCCUAUAAUACAUUCUAGAUUUAUGCAAGGAGAAUAUGUACUUAUAAAUCUGGCUUGUAAAAGAGACAUGAUAUUAUUUCCCAUUUGACAAUCUUUUCACAGAGGUUAGCUUAUAUGUAUCUUAAUGAUCUAUCCAUGCGUUGCCUUAUAUCGAACCUGUUACCUUUUGGCUAAGAAUUGGUUCUUCUAUCUUAAGUGUUAUUAUUCUG